AUGGAGGACACGAUCCAACACUCCAGCCAUGAGCACUCCUUGAUAUUGUGCAAGGUGGAAGACGAUAAUGGAGAUUACUGUGAUGCCUGUCACGAACCCUUAUCAGGUUUUCCCUUCUAUGCUUGCAAAAAAUGCAGGUUCUUCCUCCAUGAACCCUGCGGUGAACUACCACAAGAGCUUCACCAUUUCUAUCAUCCAUGUCUUCUCGUCCUCCUCCUCAACCAAAACUUCAAGUGCCAGGCAUGUGAAACUUCAUUUGAACAGUCCUUGGCGUACCACUGCGAACUCUGUAACUUCUAUCUUGAUACUAAAUGUGCUCUGCUGCCAUUUAAAAAACCUGCAAGUCAAGACAACAUUAUUCACCAUUUCAGCCAUGCUCAUCCUUUGACUCUUUUUGCCAAUAGAGAAGCUGAAUGCAGCGCUUGCGGAGAACCUUGUGUUGGUCCUGGUUUUUUAUGCAGAAUCUGCAAAUUAUUCGUCCACAAAUCAUGUCUCCUCAACCUUCCACCCCAACUCCAUUACUUUUAUCAUCCAUGCCCUCUGAUUCUUCUCACAGCUUCGAUAUCUGAUUGUAGAUCCUGCCGCACUUUCAGAACAAAGAAGACUCUAAUCUUUCGCUGUGUCAAAUGUAAAUUCGACCUUGAUGUUAAAUGCGCUUUAGCUCUCACAAAAUCAAUUGAUACCAAUACCCAGAUUCAACAUUCGAGCCAUCUACAUCCCCUGACACUUUCUGAAAACAACUUCACUGAGACAAUCCAGUGCAAGGCCUGCAGACAGGAAUGUUUAGGUCCAAUCUAUGCUUGUCAUGAAUGCAAAUUCUAUCUGGAUAAGUCAUGUGCCACACUGCCCCAAGAAAUCCAACACCCUUUUCAUCCCCACCAUCCUCUCACCUUCCGAGCCAACUUACCUGAACCAUCUGCCUGCAAAGGAUGCGGCUUAUAUGAUCAAUCCUUUAGAUAUUUCUGUGAAAGAUGCAGCUUUUCACUUGAUUUCAACUGUGUUUUAAUGACGCCUUCUUUUGAGUACAAGCGCCAUGAUCACCUUCUCACUUUCUUUGAUCAAACAUAUUUCUGUUACAGAUGCAGCAUCUGUCAUGAAUGGGAUAAAGGUUCUUUAUUCAGAUGUGUGGAGUGUGAUCUGAAUCUGCAUUUUCAUUGUCAUCCAUCAGUUAGGCAUACUUUUCAUCAUAAAUGUCAUCCGGAUCCUUUGAACUUCAUCAAAUAUCUACCUCAAGAUGGUUCCAAUGAACUUUACUGUGAUGUUUGUGAGGAGAGAAGGAACCCAUUGGCUCCUGUUUAUUACUGUGAUGAAUGCGACUUCGUUUCUCAUCUUCGUUGUGUCCUCCCAGAGGUGCUUUGUCCAAAUGCAGAAAAUGGAAGUGAUUUAGCAGAAACAAAUGUCUCUGCAUCAGAAACCAACCUUGUAAAAAUAGAAGAAAGAAUUAAUAAAGUCCAGGUAACAAAAGAGAGAAUGAAAGAAGUGAAAACAGCAUCUGAAACUGAAAGAAGUUGUUCUGCAAAAGUAGAUGAAAAGCCUCAAAAAAUGUUGGAGCCACUAAAAGAAGAAUCAGAGGAAUUAGCUGCAAAAUUUGCUUUGCUAACAGCCAAGAUCGUGGCAGUAAAAGCAAAAAUAGAGGGAUUAGAGGAGGAGCGCGCCUUGCGUGUACGAAAUGAGUAUCCAAUUGAUCAGUCUUGAGCAUAAAGAUGAACUUUUCAUAUGCAAAAUUAAUUACUGAGUGGGCUAGUUUUGCUGCCAUGUGUAAUGUUAGUCUGUGUCCAGUUGCCGAAAAAAAUGAAUAUAAUGUUAGUCAUUCUUCUGAAUGAAAGUGUGGUUUGAGUAACAGAAUCAAGA